UUUUAUAUUGUUGAAAUGCUUAUUGAUUCAAAUGUUUAUUGUUCUUUUUUGUUCACUUUACGUAAAUUGUUGAAUUGUUUCUUUGUUAUUUUUCUGCUCCUUUGUGAUGCAGUGAGCUGUCAAAUUUUCUGGAUUGAAAUCCUAAUAAAGCCAUAUGAAACACACAUUUAUUUCAAAGCGUAUUUAAUCUCAAUUUUAAACACAGGACUCAAUGGAACAUUAUUUUGCAGCCACGAAAGCAACACAGAUCUGUGGAGGGAUGGAAGCGAGCAGAAGUGGAAACGUGAAGCGGUGGACAUGAGGACACUGCUCAACACAUUCGGUGGAAUUCCGAUGCAAGAACUGGUCGGCUUCCGAGCUCCCUUUCUGCAAACAGGUGGCAACACCACUUUCAAAGUCCUCAAGAAGGAAGCUUUCCUCUAUGAUUCGUCCAUGCCCUCCAGGGCAUACAUGGACCCUCCCAUCUGGCCCUAUACUCUGGAUUUCGGAUAUUCCCAGGAUUGCCAGAUAGAACCAUGUCCCAAUGAAAACUUUCCUGGAUUAUGGGAAGUGCCGAUGAUUCAGUAUCACCGCAACUCGAAGGAUGGAGAUUUCUAUUGCUCCAUGCUCGAUGCUUGCACUCCGCAACCGAAGACAGCUUUGGACACGAAGGAAUUUCUCAUGAAGAAUUUCAAGCGCCAUUACGACUCAAACAGGGUAAAUUGUUUUUUUCACCCAAUUUACAUUUAAUGACGUUUAAAAAAA